GCCGGUUCCAAUCUCCCCUCUUUGUGGAACACAGGAUAACCAAAACCUUACCAGGUGAUAGAUCCAAAAUGGUAGCAGCGUCGUGUGUUUGCCUACCUCAUUUAUUGUUAUUUUUAGGGUUGGUUUCUCCGGGAAUCGGUUCUUACGUCGUUGAACUAGAUGAUAGGUUUGCUCACUUAAAAGAACAGGGUAGCUGGCUUGUAGAGUUCUAUGCACCUUGGUGUGGUUACUGUAGAAAAUUGGAGCCUGUAUACGAAGAAGUGGCAAAAACCCUACAUGGCUCUUCUAUAAAUGUUGCUAAACUUGAUGCAACAGUAUAUUCAGGUAUAUCAAGAGAGUACGGCGUCAGAGGAUUCCCUACUAUAAAAUUUAUCAAGGGCAAGAAAGUUAUAAAUUAUGAGGGAGACAGGACAGCACAAGAUAUUAUACAGUUUGCCCAAAAGGCAAGUGGACCUGCUGUUAGAGAGCUGACAAGUGGAGAAGAGCUUAGGAAAGUUCAGAGAGAAAGGCCAGUGUUCUUUCUUUUAGUGCAGAAGUCUGGAGAGAUUGAUACCCUGAAGGAUCACUAUGAUAAGGCUGCAGACAUGAUGCUCACAAAAGCAUACUUUUACAGCAUUGAUGAUAACCAACUGCCUAAAUCAAUCAAAAUCAAUGCUCCUGCCAUUUCUGUAUUCAAGGAUGGGAGGCAUUUUGAGUAUGAAGUUCCAGAUGAUGUGGCAGCUAGUAAUAUAUCUGAUUGGGUGAGCCAAGAGCAGUUUCCUGCCUUUAUUCAGAUAACGCGGACCAACAUCCAUGAAAUUGGAGGGACAGGUAGAUCAAUAGUAUUUGUUGUUUUUGCUGAAAGCUCAAAGAAGAGUGAACAUAAUCACCGAAUAGGGAAAGUUAUUAAAUCAACUGCCUUGGAUGCCAGAGAGAAAUUCCACAGUUCUUUGCAGUUUGGCUGGACUCUGGGAGAUGAGAUUGCUACCAACAUUAUGAUGAGCUCGGUGGUUGCCCCAUUCAUCAUGGUGUAUAACACGUCCACGUAUGUCUACUAUCUCAAGUACAACACCGAUCUGGACGAGACAUUUGGCCAGGAACAACUGGUUGAGUUCCUGGAUAAUGUGCUGGCUGGAAAAGAGAAGGGUUAUGGAGGUGAUUCAAUCUUCCAGAGGAUUGUUCGGGGGAUCUACUCCUUUUGGACUACAAUAUACGAGUUGUGGACGGAGCAGCCUAUUGCCGCUACCCUGAUGUUUGGCCUUCCCAUGCUGGUCUUUUCCUUCAUCAUUUACAUGCUGUGUACGGCCGAGGACGGUGGCGACGAAGACUUCCCCCCUGAGGACGAAGACGACUACGAAGACCAACUCGAGGGGGAGGGGGACAGGGCCGAUAUGGAGGAGCCUUCACAAGAGGAGAGGCAGCACCAGGUCCCACUCGACCCUCUUAAACCGGGCGAGAAACCGAAGACUGAGUAAAAGUCGCUGACUACAGUAAUGAUAAGGGCAGACGCUGACACUCGUGACGCUCGUGCGGGCGCAGAAUAACUCUGAGUUAUAGUACACAUAAUUUAAAGCGACUUGAAAUUUCCCUUAGCUCGGUGUUUCAUGUGUCUGUCAAAAGACGUAGCCAGGGAUACUGCGUCGUACAUGUGCGUAAAACACUUUAGAGUCGCCUCAACGACUUUCAGAUAUACAUGUAGUACCUUUAGAAGAACCUUAACACGCGAUUUUGAGAUCUUGCUAAGUACCAAGUUAGAAAAAGCAUUCAUUGCGAUAUUUUCGAAAGAAUUUGGCAAAUAAAGCAAUGACAGGUGCGGCAGAUAAUGGCACGAGAGCAUA